UGAGGCACACAAGGCUUAUUCUGGGUGUGAUUAUGAGGAGCUUAGCAAGGGGCUGUUGGGUUGCAUGUGGGAUGUUUGAGUUUGCUUAACUGCGCAUCCCUCCUCAUGCAUAGCCUACUGGAACAGGCACAUGGUUACUGGCAUUGACAAACUCAUCACACACACACACACACACACACAUGUUGGGCGCAGUUGACAGCUCAGCUCUGGGGUGCAGACAGAGGGAAGCAGAGGAAAGCAUCCAGCACCUUCUUAUACAGUAAUGCUGUUUCUCAGGUUUAAGCAAACUCUUUUUGCGUACCAACUCUGAGCCCCUCUCUCUGCGCUGCGAUGAACGCCUCGCGCUCGCUCAGCAUGGGAAUCCCCACUCGAGCCCCCGACGGCACCGCGGUGAGCCCGGACACUCUCGCCCCGUGGAAUUACAGCGCAGUGAGCGCGCACAAGCUGAUGGAGCUGCCGGCGCGGGCCACUACGGUGGCAAUGGUGCAGGAUGUUCGACAUCCUUUCCCAACAGUGGAUGUUCCUGACCACGCUCACUACACUAUCGGUUCUGUCAUUCUAGCAGUGGGCAUCACUGGCAUGGUGGGAAACUUCUUAGUCAUGUAUGCCUUCUGCAAGAGUAGGAGUCUGAGAACACCAGCCAACAUGUUCAUCAUUAAUUUAGCUGUCACAGACUUUCUGAUGUGUGUCACUCAGACGCCAAUCUUCUUCACCACCAGUUUGCACAAGCGAUGGAUAUUUGGAGAAAAAGGUUGUGAGUUAUAUGCAUUCUGCGGCGCUCUGUUUGGUAUCUGCUCAAUGAUCACACUCAUGGUCAUUGCAGUAGAUCGAUACUUUGUAAUCACUCGUCCUUUGGCCUCUAUCGGCGUUAUGUCACGCAAGCGAGCCCUGUUGAUACUCUCUGCUGCUUGGGCGUACUCUAUGGGCUGGAGCCUGCCUCCGUUCUUUGGAUGGAGUGCGUAUGUCCCUGAAGGUCUGCUGACAUCUUGUUCGUGGGAUUACAUGACUUUCAGUCCUUCAGUACGAGCCUACACAAUGCUGCUCUUUACUUUUGUUUUCUUCAUCCCUCUCUUUGUCAUCAUGUAUUGCUACUUCUUCAUCUUCAGGGCCAUCCGAGAUACCAACAGAGCUGUCGGAAAAAUCAAUGGAGAAGGAGGACCCAGAGACUCUAUAAAGAAGAUGCAUCGAAUGAAAAAUGAAUGGAAGAUGGCAAAGAUAGCACUCAUAGUGAUCCUUUUGUAUGUCAUCUCCUGGUCUCCUUACUCUUGUGUGGCUCUUACCGCUUUUGCUGGCUACGCUGACAUGCUCACCCCCUACAUGAACUCUGUGCCUGCUGUGAUUGCCAAAGCAUCCGCCAUUCACAACCCAAUCAUCUACGCCAUCACUCACCCCAAGUACAGGUCUGCCAUUGCGAAGUAUAUACCAUGUUUGGGAGUCCUGCUGUGUGUGCCUCGUAGAGACCGGUUCAGCAGCAGUAGCUUUAUGUCCACACGACGCUCUACUUUAACAAGCCAGUCCUCAGAGAACAGCAGCAACCUGCACCGCGCCGGGAAGACGCGCUUGUCCUCUUUGUCUGACAGCGAGUCGGGUUGGACGGACACAGAGGCAGAUCUCUCCAGUGCGAGUUCACGCCCUGCUAGUCGUCAGGUCUCAUCUGACAUCCGUAAAGAUUUGUCAGACUUCAAGCACACGAGCUCUGUGAGGCUGAAGGUCAAAAGCAGAGACUCGGGUAUCUUUGACAGAACCUCGGGUCAGAGUCUAGCUGAUCCAAACUUGAACCGGACCUGUACAUACAUCAGCACGGUGGGUGACAAAGAUGAGAUCUCCAUGGCUGAGGCAAAUAUAGUCUCAGAGAAUGUUGAUGAGAAAAGGCCGUUGGCUCGGAUCCCUUCCAUCAUUGUGACGUCAGAGUCCAGUCAUGCCAUCCUCUCAGAAGGUCACAGCGGCAGCCCAUCCAGACAGCUCCCUGGUGCUUCAGUCACUGCGGAAGCUGCUGGGAUUGACUGAAUACGAGCUGCACUACCACUUAUUUAUACUUCAGGACAACGUCUUAACAGACUCUUGGUCAUCUGACUUAUCCUUCCUCCUUUUUGUCUCCUUUACACAGGGCUCAAAAACUAACCUGCAUGCAGUUACAGCUGACACCUGAAAUUUGGCUGUGUUGUAUUUGUUGUACUUUUGCCUGUUUUGAGGUGGAAAAUGGGUAACCACAGGCUAUGGGGUCAACGGGGUCUUUAUUUUUGCAGGAGGACACCCUUUAAGGCUUCUUUCAGUGGUGUGGAGAUCAUCCUCUCCUCUCAGGGAAGAAUGCGACAGCGAUCAGUGUCUCAGUUAUGGAUUACCACCGCUCAGAAUAUGUGUGCAGUUACAUCCCUGCUUCAUCCAUAAAAAGGUGGUGCUGUAGGCCAUAGGAAUAAACAGUUCCCAGCAUCUGCACAAGAUUAAAAACAACACCUAGUUUUUACACAACCAGAAAUUUCGGUCUAUGAAAUGUAGUGACUUGUCUAUAGGUGCCAUCGCUCUAGAACAGAAAACUGGACAUUUUAAUGUUUCUUUAAAGGUAAAGUUUAUAAUUUUUUGUUUAUGUAUAUAUGUAAAAAGGUUUUAAUUGCAAUGGCUGAUAAAUGAUAAAUGGAUGAUACUUUACUACUUUAUUGAAAUAUUAAAAACCAAAAAAGAAAAAUCUAAAAUUAGUCAUUCUGAAAUAUUAAAGUGAAUUUAAGCACCGUACCAUUGAUCUACUGUCCAAAUAUAUAUAUAUUAAUUUUCAGAUUUUACAAAGAUUACAUUUAUCCAUAUUUUUAGCAAAUUACAUUUGCUGUUAUCUACGGUUUACUUAAUCUAAAUGUAAAAACAGGAAAAAUCUUUUUAAAAUUUUUCUGAUAUGUAGUAUAGAUCAUUAUGCAACUUUAAUUAAGAAGAAAUGUUCAAAAUGAAACUUCAGCUUGAGUUUUAGGUAUUCAUGCCAACAUCAUUAAAUAAAUAAAUCAAGCACUUUGAGAACCAAUUACAUCUUUUUUUUUCGCUGCUGAUUGAAUACAUUUGUAGAUUUUUUUCCAGCACUGUAUGGCUAAUACAUAUAUUUGUGUAUAUAUAUAUAUAUAUAUUCUUGAAUGUUAAUAAGAGUGUGUGCUCAAGAAAUUAUCUUGACUGUAUGAUUUCUCAUGCUUUUGCAUUGUGCCACAUUUCUCUACCCACAUGUGAAUAUUCACGGUUGUGAUUGUCUGCAUGCUUUCUUAAUAUGAAAUAGGCUUCUUUGAUAGAAAUAUUUAAAUUGAAAUGAUCCUCACUUUCCAUGCAGGCUACAGUAACCCAUAUAAAUGUGAAAAAUUGUCUUUGAAAUUCCUGUCUUAGAGCCAGUGGCUCUAAUGAACUGUACCUUUCAGAUGCAGAUUUGCCUUUCUGCUGGAUUUCAGAGAUGCUUUAGUGGGAUUAAUAUGCCAGCAUCUGGGAGUCCUUAGGGAUUAGAGGGGGAACGCUUUUAACAAGAUUAGUUUUGGGAAAGUGCUCAGCCAGAACGCUCCAUUGCUUUUAAUGGCUGCUGUGUUGUCAAAGUUGCAUACACAUUCUCAGAUAAUGGUCUCUGAAGCAGUUCAAAUGCACUGUCACUCUCUCCAUCUCUCUUGAGAUAUGUGUUUACCUUUCCAUUUUGAGGUAAACGCCCUCCAUUGAUGAUUUUAUGAUGUACUGUGGUGUGGGUUUGCAUAUUUACUGAUGUUGCCGUAAUGCUCGCCUGAUAAGCAACUCUUCAUUUUGAGCUGGCACACUUUAAGCAGUGAACACAUUCUGGAUAUAUCCAGUCACUCACAGUUAUCAUGUAGGUCAAUAGUGUGUCUGCUGACUUGCUUGUGAUUUGUUGUUUGUACGCCGUCAGGGGUGACAUAAUCAAGUGUUAUAUGAAUGAUAAAUUAGCUUAUCAGCAAAAGGCACUGGGUUACAUACAUUUUAUGUGAUAACAUUGUCACGUCUUCAUUGCCCUUGUUUUCUUCUGAUAGCGAUGCCAUGUUGCAUUAACACUUGCUUGGUAAUUUGCAAGCUCAUAUGGUAUUUUUUUCUGUUUGCCAAUGCACCAGCAAUUUUUAAAUUGAAUUUAAACUGAAUUUGGAAAUUGUUUAGACUUUAGAUAUUUCUCACUGCUUUUGCGUUUUUUUCCCCUUUCCUACAUUCCCUACAUUUCUGUUCUUAGAUUACGCAAGUUUGGAGAGCAGGAACAAAUUCUGGACCCAGCAAACAAAAUGAACCUCUAAUGUUACGUGUAACUAUCCAAUAAAGCCGACGAUGAGUUCAGCAAUAUUUAAUAAGCCAACGACCAGACAAUCAACGUUAUCCACAUAGAUAAGACUGGACAAACACUGGGAGCAAAUACAGGGUUUAAAUAAGAUAUAGGACUGACAAGAUUAUUAACAAUGACUGUUACUACUAUCUGCUGUAAUUACAUAGUCUGUUUAGUACACUGAAUAGCAUUUACUUAACUCUAGGGGGCUCCAAACUACUUACAGUUGCUUUAAAGAAUGGAAUUAUUUAACUGAUUUUACACUUACAAUUGUGAUAAACAGCACAGAUCUAUAUAAAGAAAUUAAAACCAAUUAGACAUUCAUGUUUUGUGAAGUAAACCCACCAAAGUGGGUUUAGGAAGCCUGAGACACUCAGCAGCUUCCACUGAGCAAACUACGGUUAUCAAUCCAUACAGUCCUCACCUCGGCAGCCUCUUUAACAUGGAAAAGACAGAAAUCAUUGUGUAGGCUUGCAUGUUUUCUAGUCAAGUGGUCCUGAUUAGAUGGUAACGAGUGGCUGUUAGGCAGAAGUGCUGAUGGCUGCUGUCUGGUAUUUUGCGCCUCAGGACAAUAAGACUUCACUUAUUAGCCCAGAUUGAUACCUCAAACUGCCUUUUGAGGCCUUCUGAUUAUAUUCAUCAGUUUGUUUUUUGUUGCACUGCUAAACAUUCAGUUCCCUCUCUCACUUUGUUUCAAUGCUAAAACUUAAUAUUCAAUUGUUAAAGAGUGUAGACUUCCUAAUGGUGUGGAAAAAGCCUUGAGCAGCCUAUAAGUAUGUAUGUAAGCAGUUGGUGGAAAGUACGGCUCUGCAUUUAUAUAAGAUUCACUCAGUCUGACUCCUACAAUGAGCUCUGAACAAGGUCACAGGCCCCUGGAGAUAAGAUUAAAGAGUAAACACUCUAUGCCAUUGACUUUUUCCUUUUUGCAAUUUAGAGCAGAGUAUAUAUAGCCUGGUCUCUCUGACUUAAAUUGGAGAUCAUCUGAAUAUUUCUGCUGACCUUAUGUUGGGUUAUUUAAUAGUUCUAGCUUUGGUAUUUUAAAUGUUAUUUAUAUUUUCUUUACAUUUCUCCUGAUCAGUCAGUCUUGUGUGGUGCUAUUGUGUUUUCUUCACAACUGUUCUUCGUGCACAUUUCGGAUGGCCAAAAGCAUACAAAUCUUAGUCCAUCCUGCAAAGAGUGCGUGAUUUCACUUUAAUUUAUUGGAUGAUGUAUUUGAGUGAUUUAUAAUGUUAAUAAAUCUAAAAUUGCAAUGAGUAUUAUGAGUUAUGCUUGCAUAUAAAAUCUAUAUUCGUGCUUUUCAGAAAAUUGAAAAUGUAAAAUGUGCAAUCUACAGGUCAAAAUACAACCCCAAUUUAGAAAUGCUGGGACCUUUUUAAAGUUUGAGUGAAAAUAAAAACCAAAAGACUUUCAAACCAAUUGAGCCAAUAUUUUAUUCACAAUAAAUCACAGAGAACAUAAAUGUUUAAGUGGAGAAGUUUUACGGUUUUAUCCACUAAAUUAGCUCAUUUCAAACGUGAUACCUGCUACAGGUCUCAAAAACAUUGGCACGGGGCCAAAAAAAAACAAUGUUCCUCAAUGUCACUAGCAAAGGCUUUGGAAAUCUUCUUAUCUACUACAUUGCAUAACACCAUCAAAAGAUUCAGAGAGAAUGAAGAAAUCUCUGUACAUAAAGGACAAGGCUUAAGACCUUUGUUGGAUGCCCGUGGUCUUUGGGCAUUGCAAAAAUCUCUCAGUUUAACCAUCAUGUGAUUUGAAGUUUUAGUUUUUAUUUUAUUCACGUUUAAAAAAUGUCCCAACAUUUCUGUAAUUCAGGUUGUAUGUGGUUUUGUGUUCAUUUGAUGUACUGCCUUAAAGAACAAACCACAGUUGACAAUCUAGACAUUGGCUACUUGGAAAUUCAAUUGUCAGAUUGAUAAAACUGACUUAUAUAUUAA